AUGUCUGGUAGUCCUAAAAAUCUCCUCAAUUUCGUUCUUUUUCCGUUGUACACUGCCUUAGGUCUUAUCUUUGGCUAUAAUUUUUCUCAACGCCAUCACCGGAGAAUAAUUGGAGAUUGUGCAAAUUUAGGAUGCAAUAAAGAAGAUUCAAGAUUCUCUCAACAGAAUUUGCACAGUAAAAAUAAAAAAUUAGGGUUGCUCAUUGCUGGUACCAGCAUGCUGGUUUUUGCUGGUUUUUCCACCAAAAAACCGCAUGCUGGUAAUCCAAACCAGCAAAAAAACCAGCGUUUUUAG